AAGAGGUCGUUAUCCGAUCACAGGGAAAAAAGGAAAACACAUAAUUAUCCCUCAUAAUUAUAUAUUAUAUAACUAAAAGGUAAGCAUCUCACAGUCGGCGAUGGAAGUUGGUGUUUGUGCCCUGAAAGAGAGCUCGAAGUCGCAAGGAAAACUGGUCACGGUGAGGGAAGGCGAAGCAUAGUGAGAAAAAUCCUAGCAGACCGCGUUCUGAUAUGAGUUUGCGCUUCUCCACCCUUUGUUCGCCCUUCUCCACCCCAUCUUGGUUCCCCUUUGGCAAUCUCCCUCUCUCACAGGAGGCGCAGUGGAGGAUUAGUGCACAUCGGAGAAGCUGACUAUCCCGCCUGCGCGUUGUUUAACACGCCAUUUUUGUUAACACAUAUUGCCCCUGUGAUUCAACACUUUUGCUGCGUUUGCAUCAAAGGAAUCGAAGCUAUACGCGGUUUUUGAAUGGCGGUUCAAGAUGAUCCCAUGGUAGCACUAACUCUAUCUCCCCCAAAUACCUAUGACGCCGUGGUUGUCGGCGGUACAUUUGACCGACUGCAUGACGGCCACCGCCUUUUCCUCAAGGCGGCAGCGGAGUUAUCGAGGCAGCGGAUUGUGAUCGGAAUUUGCGACGGUCCUAUGCUGAUGAAGAAGCAGUUCUCUGAACUAAUACAGCCCGUUGAGGAAAGGAUACACAAUGUUAAGAAUUUCAUAAAGUCUAUCAAGCGAGAACUGGAAGUGCAAGCCGAACCAAUCGUAGACCCCUAUGGCCCUUCUAUCACUGAUGAAAAUUUGGAGGCUAUAGUUGUCAGGUUUUGUAAUUGGUCAAUCUGGGGUCUACAUUGUCUUUAUACUUUGCAAAGAGACAUUACCAGGUGGAUUGGCUGUGAACAGGAAAAGGGCUGAAAGAGGCUUUUCACAGUUGAAGGUUGAAGUUGUAGAUAUGCUUUCUGGAGACUCAAGUGAAACAAAGCUGAGUUCAUCCACGUUGCGGAGGCUCGAGGCUGAAAAGGCCAAUCAACCUUGCUCAAACGGAGAGUAGGUCCACUGUGGCCAAAAAACCGGAGAUUAGUUUCACCCUUUUGUUUUACAUGAAAAACGAGUUCAAGUGUCCAUGGAAGUAAUAACUGAUAUGUGGGUGCAUGUCAAUGGGAGCGUAACACAUUUCAUGUUUGUACAAUUUUGUAAUGAUUAUGAUUAAUUUAAAUAUUUCUCGUAUUAA